UUAAGGCACAUGGAAUUUCAAUGAAUACUUCACACAGUGUAGCUUGUUGGUGGUCAGUAUUGACAGGUCAGCUGGUAUAAUUAUGGUAUAAUACUUCACUAAAGCCUCAAAUACUGUAGUAAAAAUAUUAUAUUCAAUUCAAUUCAAUUCAAUUUCUUUAUUGUCCCACAAGGGGAAAUUAGUUUAGCAGCAGGAUAUAAAUAAACAGAACAAUACUAUAAAAUAAUAAUGACAAUAAUAGUGAUAAAAAGUCCAAGGACAGUUAUUUGCCAUUGAGCUCAUCAAAUACAUUUAAAUGGAAACUUUCACCACAAGGUUGUAGCAUUUUACCAAAAACAUUAAGUGUAGUUGUCCACCCCAACCAGGAUUACAUACUUCUAUGUACUUUUAAAAUUAUUUACUUCCUAACAGAAGAUUUCUACCUAACCUAAUGCUUCUAAACUGCAUCAUCUCUGGUCUUGUAACUAAAGGCUAACGCGAAUUGGGUACAAAUUCUGGACUCGAUGUGGUUCCAGUUCAUAUUACAUGAGAAUACAGCCUGACAAUGUUUUAACUUUAGCUGACAUCUCUGCGAUGCGAUACAUCAGGGUUUAAGCAACCUUUAAAGAUUGGGUCAUGUCAGGGAAAAACUUGCAUUAAUCAUACUUAAAAAAAGAAAGAAAAAAAAAGAUGUUUCAGAGAUAUUUCAGAGAUUGUAUUCCUUGUAGAACACCUGUCCUAUCACUGGUGCAUUGUGUUUGUAGCAGCUAGCUUAAUGCAGAAAUAAAUAGCUACAAUGAGAUAUAGAUUUCACUAUUUAGUAAAGAGAUAUGACACCAAAGAGAACAUUUCACACAUACUGUGUUUCAGGCCGCCUGUGUCAUUCACUGAUUUAACCUCAGUAAUUUUGAAAAUGCCCAUUGUGAUUUGUGAGCAUAAAACUGUGCAUUCCUACACCGAGUUAUUUUUUUCAGAGCACAAUUGAAUGCUUAACUCAAAAGAGCUUUGUCCCCCCCACCGAAAUGCAGACAUUUCUAUUUCUAACAUUAAAAAUUGUUACAUUUUGUUCAGUACCAGGGCUCUGUUAUUGUGCAUUCAAACACAGUGGGGCACACUUUAACCUGUGCAUUUCCUGUUAUACGUCUAAAUGUUUGCUGUGAGAUGAGGAGUCAUUAGGAGCUCUACCAUAUGACUGCAGCACCGUUCCUUAUGAACACGGUUAGAUUGAUUGUCCUUUGUUUUUUGGUCCUGAAGAAGCUUGGACCAGCUCAGAAGGCUUUAAUCAUUCAUAUUAUUUAACCUUUAAUGAAUUCCCUGAUUACAUACACAACAACAACAACAACACAAGCAUAUAUACUAAACUAGACUGUUUUGUUUUGGUUUUAAUUUUUAUCUAAAGAAAAUAAAGGAUUAAAGGCAAAAGAAAAACUAUGAACAACCGAAAGGUUCCUUCUGGCUUGACUGACACCUCCCACUUAAACUAGCAAAAGCUCCGCCUCAGCCUUCUAUCUUGUUGAGAACUUGAGGCUAUAAAAUGAAGGAACUUACUGUAACCAGUUCACAGUCUUUACUUAGAGUUCCGUUUGUGAACUCCUUAACAGAAACUACAGUAAAUCUAAUGCUUUAAUCAGUGAGAACACAAUAGCGCUGUCGGCUUUUCCUUUCACUUGGCGACCUGAAAACCGUGAGCUGAACCAUGGCAGGAGACGGGUCAGAUCAGCGGGCGCUGCAGUAUGAACAAACUCUUAUGUAUGGGCGUUACACCCAGGAGCUCGGGGUGUACGCCAAAGAGGAGGCUGCUCGGCUGAGGGAGAGCGGGCAGAGGCGAUCAGUCAGCGAUCGAAGCCGGACAUUGGACCUGCUGGAGUACGACAAGGGCCGCUGUGCCAAAUGUCGGAGGUCUGGGUACCCGUAUGUUCUGGAGGCCCCAGCUCAGGACUUUAUAUCUGUCUGCACGGUUCGCUGUCAGAAGUUCCUGAUCUCGCGUGUCGGCGAGGACUGGAUCUUCCUCAUCCUGCUGGGACUCCUCAUGGCCCUGGUCAGCUGGGUGGUGGACUUCUGCAUCGCCAUCUGCCUACAAGCACAGAAGUGGAUGUACGGUGGUCUGGACAGUAAUGUGUUCCUGCAGUACCUGGCCUGGGUCACCUACCCCGUUGUCCUCAUCACCUUUUCCGCAGGCUUCACUCAGAUCCUUGCUCCACAGGCUGUUGGUUCAGGUAUUCCAGAAAUGAAGACCAUUCUGCGUGGAGUCGUCCUAAAAGAAUACCUCACCUUCAAAACUUUUGUGGCCAAAGUCAUCGGCCUCACCUGUGCCCUGGGCAGUGGCAUGCCACUAGGCAAAGAGGGUCCCUUUGUGCACAUCGCCAGUCUGUGUGCAGCUCUCCUCAGCAAGUUUAUGUCUCUGUUUGGAGGAAUCUAUGAGGAGCCCGGUGUUACAGGGAUUAAGGACAUCGGUCUCAUAGGAAUGAAGAAUGAGUCGAGGAACAUAGAGAUGCUGGCAGCAGCCUGUGCCGUGGGAGUUGGUUGCUGUUUCGCUGCCCCCAUAGGAGGUGUGCUGUUCAGUAUUGAAGUAACUUCCACAUUCUUUGCUGUGAGGAACUAUUGGAGGGGCUUCUUUGCUGCCACUUUCAGUGCCUUCAUCUUCAGGGUAUUAGCUGUUUGGAACAGAGAUGAAGAGACCAUCACAGCUCUGUUUAAAACCCGCUUCCGAUUAGACUUUCCCUUUGACCUCCAGGAGCUUCCUGCCUUCGCUGUCAUUGGUAUUGCCAGUGGUUUCGGUGGGGCUUUGUUUGUCUACCUGAACCGACUCAUUGUCCAGUUCAUGAGGAAACAGAAGGUCAUCAACAAAUUUCUAAUGAAAAAACGUCUGCUGUAUCCAGCACUGGUCACUUUAGUCCUUUCUACCCUCACAUUUCCUCCUGGCUUUGGACAGUUUAUGGCUGGAAAACUGACUCAGAAAGAGGCGUUGGUGACACUACUGGACAACCGAACCUGGGCCAAACAGGGCAUCGCCGAGGAGUUCGACUACAUUGGAAAUGCACAAGCCUGGAGGCACCCGCAAGUCAACGUCUUUGUCACGCUAGUCCUCUUCAUCGUAAUGAAGUUCUGGAUGUCUGCCUUGGCCAUCACUAUCCCAGUGCCCUCCGGAGCCUUCAUGCCAGUAUUUGUCAUUGGGGCAGCCUUUGGUCGUCUGGUUGGAGAAAGCAUGGCUGCCUGGUUCCCUGAUGGCAUUAACACAGAUGGUACCAUCUACCCCAUAGUGCCAGGAGGCUAUGCUGUUGUGGGUGCUGCAGCCUUGUCGGGAGCAGUCACCCACACGGUUUCUACUGCAGUCAUCGUGUUUGAGCUGACUGGCCAGAUCUCCCACAUCCUGCCGGUAAUGAUAGCAGUGAUCUUAGCCAAUGCCGUGGCCCAGUCCCUGCAGCCCUCCCUCUACGACUCCAUCAUCAGGAUCAAGAAGCUUCCCUACCUCCCAGAGCUGGGCUGGGGUCAUCACGAGAAGUACAAUAUUCGUGUAGAGGACAUUAUGGUACGCGACGUGCGGUACAUCACACUCAACUGCUGCUACAGAGACCUGCAUAACGUGCUGCUGACGGGCCAGCUCAAAACGCUCGCACUCGUGGAAUCAGCUGAGUCAAUGAUCCUGCUGGGUUCCAUCGAGCGUGCCCAGCUCCAGUCGCUGCUCUCACAGCAGCUCGGCCGUGCCAGGCGGCUGCAGUACAUCAGGGAACGAGCCGUCGAGGAGAAAAAACGCCUAUCCAUCGUGUUGGACCCAGCCAGCGACGACAACGGCAGCCAGCGCACCAGCCAGGAAGUCCGCUUCCAGAUCUCAACUGAGGAGUCGUCCUUCAGUCCCACUCGUCCAGUACCUCAUAAGCCCCUCAAACCUGCUCUGAAAAGACCCUCUGUGGUGGAGCGACCCACCGAGCUUCCCACCAGCCCACAUGAUCAUUCGGGUAUUGCACUGAAGAACCUUUUCUGCUCCAGUCCAGACACAGAAGCCCUGGAGAAAAACAACAACAUGGAGAGCCUAAUGUCUCCUGACAUCAGGAGGUCUUCCAAACGGGUCCGGAUAUCCGUCGUGGAGCCACCACCCAGCCUAAAGAGUUUCUUUGCGGAUGAUGGAGAUGUGGAAGAUGACAUGACCAUUAGAGAGAUCGCAGAGUGGGAAGAGAGGCAGCUUGAUGAGCAGGUCAACUUCAACAACUGCAAGAUCGACCCUGCCCCGUUCCAGCUGGUGGAGCGCACGUCACUGCAUAAGACCCACACCAUCUUCUCCCUGCUUGGCCUCGACCACGCCUACGUCACCAGCAUUGGACGCCUUAUCGGGGUGGUUUCCCUUAAAGAACUCCGUAAAGCAAUUGAGGGCUCAGUGACUGUGAAAGGUGUAAAGGUGCGCCCCCCUCUGGCCAGUUUCCGGGACAGCGGCACAAGCAGCAGCGAGAACGAAACCACCGAGCUCCACAAGCUGUGGGACCGCCACAAGAGCAUGUCGCUGCCACGCGAAAGCACCCCCUCCGAGUCCGAAGAGAAGUCCCAGUAAGGGAAAAGGUGAUGAGGAAGAAGAGGAGGAGGAGGAAGAUGAAGCAUUGAGGUCUUUAAUCACUCAAAGCUACAAACAUGCAAAAAUCCUCAGGGCUCAGGAUCAACAGGCCAGCUUCCUCUUCAUCUCUCGCCUCAUCUGCUCCUCUCCCUCCUUCUCCGCUAACUUCCGUUCUUCCCGGACCACCCAGUGCUUUCUCCAGGAGCCUUGCACUGACCCAGAGAGACACUCCACCAGAGGAGUGGAACAAAACCUGUGCCCUGCUCUCCAUUUACCCUUGGGAACCCACAGCAGAGCCAGUGUGGAUUAGGGUUACCGAGACUGGGUUAAAAUGAAAAGGGAUUCUUUCUUUUUUUUCUCUCUCUCUUUUUUUUAGCAGACAUUGUUUAGCUUGUGUGUCUUUUGAUUUGGGAUCAAAGUUUCAACCUGCAGAUGUAAUCCUUUGAAUGAGUCUUCCACUUAAGGUAGAGAAAUUCAGCAGUGGUGACAAGGAAGACUACUGUAAUGUGUGCAUGUGUCUUUUGAAAGCGUGUGUGAGUGAAAUGAGACAAUGGGUGUGCGCAUGAAGAGGGAGGUAGCAAAACGACUAUAUCCUACAGGAUUUUUCUUUUUAAUUAUUACGUCUCAAGAACACAUGUUAGACUUUGUUUUCCUCAUUUAUCUGAAUGAUCAGGUGGUCUGGGUUUGACUGGAAUUGGCCAUUUCUUUAUAAAUUACACUGCAGUUUGUCCAGUAGUGGACUCAUAAGGGGAGAGAUGCCUUAGCUUUUCUGUGUUUUCUUAUUUCCAUUGCCCCUCUUUACCUCUUCACUUCGAGUCUUAAUGGUCAGGUUGAGAGCAGAGCCUAUGCAAGCAGACUUGCCUGUUGGCAGUGACUGAGGCACCUGUAGCCCUUUUCAUAACGUCCUUUCAUGCUGUAGCCGCAGCCUUCACACGCACAUAGAAACACACACCAACAUUUUAACGGCGAUGCACUCGGCGAGUCAAGGUUUUCUGCUUAUCUAAAUAUAGCUUUUAAUAAGUGUUCUAGAGAGGGUUGGGGCGGAUGGAGAGGGCAGGAAGCAAGUGAGGGAGGGAGGAAGAGCAUGGAGCAAAUGGAUGGCUGAAAGAAUGAAGCCGUCAUUACCUAACCAGCUGCUCUGUGCUCUCUCAUCAAUCUGCCUUUGAGUGCCAUGUAAGUUUGUAUCAGAGACAUAACCCCAACAGAUAAAUGGCGGGGUGGUUCACAGGGUGAGGCGCACAGUGCAAGAGUGCCCAAUGAUGACGUGCGGGCAUGUGGGAACCAUGACCAACAUUAGUAGUAACAUUAUUUAUUAGAAAGCAUUAAAGAAAAUCUAUAAGUGACCAGCAGAGAGCAUUCACAGAUUUAGUUUAAUCAUUCAUUCCAGUUAAUUUACCAGUCCCAUCACCAACUUCAUCACCACUGGAGAAACUUCCGAGUACUCGUCAGCUUACCUGAUUCAAAUUUGGCUGAUCUCAACUUCAAGGUUAUCUUCUCGGGCACCACUGGACCGUUUUCAGUUCAUAUAGAUUACCAUGCCCAAGAAGAUGGUUCAUUGACUUGAGACCUGCCGAACUUUAAAACGAGUUAGUUUGAUCACACCUUGUGUUAAACCAGAAACCUGAUGCGUCAAUGUUUUAACUGCAGCGGGGUUUCUGUCAUGACAGAUAACGAUAAAUUACUUUGAGUUUAAUAAUUCAUGUCUGCCAUAAUGCUCCAGGCUCGGCUGCUCAUCAACAGUAAAACACUGAUCUGGUUUGCGUAGCGUCUAACCAUCUUUUCCCUAUAUUUGUUACUUAUUUUUGACUACUGACAAACACAUCUUUUAAAGACACGCUCCUUUUUUUUUUUUUUUUACUGACACUACUUCCUGCAGAAUUGGCCCUGAAUGCCUUAAAAAUGCACUCACACACAGAUACACACAUAUCCCUCCAAGUUCACUUCUGUGUGCGAUGUGUUGCAUGGAUUUUAGUUUAUCGGGUCGUGUCUUGUCUUGCUGCACCCAACCCCCCCCCCAUAAAUUGAAAACGCACACAGUGACAUAGCAGCAUGCCUUUGCAUGAGAGAGAGUGCAUGUGGGGGGGAGUUUUCUAUGAACAUAACGUACCAAAAAAACCCCAAAAAAAGUCAAAAGCUUGACAGGAAUGAAUAUGGAUGGAGUGAAUGAGGUUUGUCAUCAUGUGCCUGUGAUUUUUGUUCUCUUCGAUGGCAUCUUCCACUCAUCCAGCGAGCUUUAUUCAGCCCCUGAUUUUAACCCGGGAUGGGGGGGGAUUUUUGGGUUAGCACAUUUCUACUUAAAGAUUAAUAUAUUUAAUUUCAUUCCUGUAAUAUAAAAUCAUUAUUGAAUGUCUUAACCAGUCAUGACUUGUUGGAAGGAAAUUUGGGGCUUGUUUUAUAUUUGUCGCAUUAUGUUGAUUUUUAAAGUUAAAGUUUCUUUUUGUUUUUUUCCUUUUUUCUAAUGCAAAUUUUAACGUGAUGUUGGAUAUAUUUGUAUUAUUAUAGACUUUUUUGUCCUUUUUUUGUAAAAUGCAAAUAACACUAACUGGGGGACUCCCGAUGGCGGGAAAAAUGGAAGAAAUGUAAUCACGAAGCCAUGAGACGUUAAUGUGGAAGCGACCAGCAUGCGGUCCACUGUUGACAUGUUCAUUUCACAAGUGCCUCCUCUUCUUUAACAGCGGGAAUAAGCAAUCGAUACUUGGGGUGUGUGUGUGUGCGUGUACACAACCAGAGAACCUGCUCUGUACACACAAACAGACACGCAAAUACAGUAUGGGAGUGGGGUGGGUGAGGUUUCAGAGCAUGCGAGUGCACUUAUCUCCAUGGAACCUGCCCCAACACCCCCAUUACAGCUCACCCGAGUGGGGGGGACAAGUGACCGACAUCCACUGAUUUGGUUCUUUUCAUUUGUUUGUGCUUUUCAUCGAUUUUCAUUAUUCCAGCUCCUGCCGCAGCCUUCCUUGUUUCCGCCGACAUUUUCACUGCGUUUCAUCUCAUUUUGCUAGCAAGCGGACCCAGGCCCAGCUACAUGCAUAUUUAUUAGCCAGUGCUAAUCAGAGUACAAGUAGUACUUUUCUUUUUUCUCCCCUCCUCAUUUUGUGUUUUGUUUUUUUUAUGGUUGAUCUAUUUGUGGUUAAUCAAUUUGUGCAAUAACAGUGGUUCAUCUCAUUUUGUAACCCAGUUUGAAUCAAUGGCGUGAAUGCGGUAUAACCUUAUUUUUGUAAAGAAACCUGAAAAGUGUAAAAACAUGUAUGUGUAGGCAGAGAAGCUACUCUCACACGGGAGCUACUGUGUGAUGAAGCGACGAUGGAAUUAGGGGGUUGUAACAAUCCUGAAACCGACACAAAAAUCCAGAAUCUUCCAUGUUCAUGUACCAUGAUGCCACUGUGGAGCGGUUAACUUUUUAACAUGCACUGAGUCACCGGGGACUUAUCUAUGUUUGGGUUUGGUUUCGUUUUAGCCACAUGCUAAAAAAAGUAAAAGUUAAAAAGUUCCAUUUCAAAUGAGGCAUUGAGGAAUUGCCACUACAGUGUUUUCUAAAAAAACGUUUGCAUUUGGGUGUUUCAAACAGGCAAUAAGCUUUAAAAGAGGUGGAUGUUAACCUAACCCUACAUGAUUCACCAGUGACCUGUGGAUGUUGAUGCCUGGUUAAAGGUGACUGCUGUAACAUUAGGCAUGAGAAUAAUGGACUUUUUGCUUUGGAGAACAAAUAAUGGUUUAAAGCAAAGGUUUCCCAGAAGCUGCCAUGAAAGCUCACUAGAAUCUGUGUUGAAAUAUUAAACUGUUCACACCUUUAGGUCUUAAAAGGAAAAUGGGUUUUACACCUUAUUUGGUUUUUGGGAAACCUUUACCUUAAACAUUAGCUGCCACUGACAUACAAGCGCCUACCCCAGAUUUUCCCUGAUAAAACAGGCUCCUGGGAAAGUUUUAUUAUAAGCCCCUCUGUCCUCUCCUUCAGUCUGAGAGGCUUUGAUAAGACCCCAAUCCCCCAUCAGCUGAUGAGGGUAAUCUUUUAUCCACUCCUAAGGGACUGUAAAUACUGGAGGCCUCCACUACGGCAAACCCCCGAGGGCCAAACCAGACCGAGCUGAACAAGAUCCAGAGCUAUUUUUCACACCGAAAAAAAAGAAACAUUGUUUUUGUAUAUCAGUGAUGAAUAAAUGAGAUUUUAACAAACAUGGCGAUUUGUUGCAGACUUCUUUCUUUUUUCUGUCUUCUUUAAUUUCUGCAGCUGCACUUCUUUGCUGUCUGCUCUCUUUCCUCCCUUCAGGAGCAGCUGGAAGGCACCUGGAGUGUUGUUUUUGUCUUUGACUAAUACUCCCAGUGGGGAGGCAUACACACAGCAAUGCCACUACGGUGUUCAAUAUGGUUCAGUCUGUCCCAAAUCUUUUUAAAGCUCUGAGAGUUACAGGCUUCACGCUGCUUUGUCCAAACCCCUUUUGGUCAGCGGAGAGGUCUUCUAAGAACACUCACCUCCUGUCCUAUGCACGCUUCUGUUCUAAAAUCCAAACAAUCACAGUCUACUUCAUAUUAAUAGCCUCUCGUGGAGGAAAGAAACUUUUUAUAAUCCAUAUUAACAUAUUUUUGUUUGUCUCUACUAGCAACUUCAACACAAGAGCCAGAGUGAACUGAAGCUCUAGUACUUAUAGCAUUAUAGAAAAACAGAUUUCAUUAACAGUAUUAAUGUAAUCUGACAGCAUCUGGUUUAAACAGAAAAACAUGGAAAAUUGUUUUCUCUGUGGUAGGGUCACAACAGGUCACUCUAAGGAGGGAUUGGCAUAAAAAUCCAAUUACUGCACAUGAAAGACAGACAUAGUUUUCAGGGUCUGACAACGAUCCUUAAACCUGAAUUGUUUCUGAUGGUCAGCAGGGGGUAAAUCUUGUGGCUUCAAAGAGAAAAUCUAUGGG